AUGGCAGAGAGCUACAACCUACCAGUCUCCAGAAUACUAAUGGAGAUAUUGGGCACCGGGCACUUUUACAAGACCAAGUUCCUGAGGCAUUCUGAAGAGGGUGGAGGCAUAAUGUCUCAACAAGGUCAACACUUUUUACAAGGACAAGGUGGAGGUGUGCCUCUGACAAGUACUAAGUCAAGUGGAGCUGACGCUUCAGGAAAUGAGUCUACGGAUUCGACAUCUGACAAUGAGAAGUGUUUACACCAUAAUCAACCGAGCAUAUCCAGUCUCAAAACAACUAGCACCAAGGCAGACACACAUUCUCUCCUGCCGAAGGAAGACACUCUUCCGAGGUGCCAAGCACCUGCCGAAACUCCCGACUGCCAAAGCUCACAAACUGUUAAACCUAAUUCUCAUGACACGUGUCACCACCGUGGCGACUUGCACAAAGUCCCACAUCGGAAAUCUACACCAACCUCCCACUUUCACUUCCCUAUAAAAAGGGAACAGUACCCUAGUAAAAGGGGUAACUACUUUUCUGCCUUUUACUAUUACUCUGCAAAAGUUACCCUUCUUAGCUGA